UACUUCCCCUUCUUCCUCCUCCCACUGAGCUCUCUCCCAUUUCUCACUUCACUCCCUUUCAGUCUCUCUCUCUCUCUCUCUCUCUCUCUCUCUCUCUCUCUCUCUCUUCCCCCUCUGUAUCUGUGCUUGGUGCUCGCGAAGCUCCCAUUGCAGAUCCAGGAAUCCUCCCUCACCAAAGCGGAUCUCACGAUUGGAUUGGCAGGAAGUCAGAUAGAAUUGGUUUUUUGGAUUGAUGGAAUGAGUUAUGAACUUGAGUCAGAUACCGAGGCUUAAGCAUCAGCGUGACUCUUCGAUGUUUGUUUCAUCCUCUUGAGAGUUGGGAAAGGGGGAGCAGGGAAUGGAGGAAAUACAGUCCCAAUCGGAUAAUUAUAGGUCCUCAUCGUCUUCGGCAAGCAGUCCAGCAAGCAGGGUUCCUUCAAGCAACUUCUUUUACUUACGUAAACCUGGUUCUCUUAGACAACCUAUCUCGUUCGAGGAUUCACCCGAAUGGGAGGAUACAGAUGUUGACAUAAGAGUGGAUGAUGGCGGUGAUUCGAUUCAUAUGGCAACCACUCCAGCUUCUCCAUCCCUAUCGAAGCUUCAUAGUGGGUCUCUGCCUUCACCACCACUGCCUGAGGGGGCUGCCGUUGCAAGAAAAAUCGCAGGAGCAUCCCUCGUGUGGAAGGAUUUGACCGUUACUAUAAAGGGUAAAAGGAAGUAUUCUGACAAGGUGGUGAAGAGUUCAAAUGGGUAUGCCUUGCCUGGGACAAUCACAGUAAUUAUGGGUCCAGCUAAAUCGGGGAAGUCAACAUUACUGAGGGCUAUUGCAGGAAGGUUGCCUGAUUCAGCGAGAAUGUAUGGUGAAGUUUUUGUCAAUGGGGCAAAGUCUCACAUGCCUUAUGGUUCUUAUGGCUUUGUUGAAAGAGAGACCACACUAAUCGGGUCUCUUACUGUCCGAGAGUUCUUAUACUACUCAGCACUCCUUCAGCUCCCAGGUUUCUUUUGUCAGAAAAAGAGCAUUGUAGAGGAUGCAAUCCAUGCUAUGUCUUUGACCGAUUAUGCGAAUAAACUGAUUGGCGGCCACUGUUAUAUGAAGGGUCUUCCCAGAGGUGAGAGAAGACGGGUCAGCAUCGCAAGGGAGCUCGUGAUGAGGCCACAUAUCUUAUUCAUAGAUGAACCUCUUUAUCAUCUAGACAGUGUCUCUGCUCUUCUGAUGAUGGUUACUCUGAAGAAACUUGCCAGCACCGGCUGCACCCUCAUAUUUACAAUUUAUCAGAGCAGCACUGAAGUAUUUGGCCUUUUCGACCGGAUUUGUCUUCUUUCAAAUGGAAACAUGCUAUUUUUUGGAGAAACGUUGGCUUGCUUGCAGCACUUUUCCAAUGCGGGAUUUCCGUGCCCAAUAAUGCAAAGUCCUUCGGAUCACUUUUUGCGUGCGAUCAACACAGACUUCGACAGAAUCAUUGCUAUGUGCAAAAAUUGGCAGGAUGACCAUGGCGAUCUUUCAUCGGUGAAUAUGGACACUGCUGUUGCAAUACGCACACUUGAAGCAACAUAUAAAUCAUCAGCCGAUGCUGCUGCAGUCGAGACAAUGAUUUUAAGACUCACUGAAAGGGAAGGUCCACUUCUUAAAAGCAAGGGAAAGGCUAGCUGUGCUACAAAAGUUGCAGUAUUGACUUGGAGAUCACUUCUUGUCAUGUCGAGGGAGUGGAAAUACUAUUGGCUACGAUUGAUUCUCUGCAUGCUCCUUAGUCUCUGUGUUGGCACUGUUUUCUCUGGAUUGGGGCAUUCAUUGUCAUCCGUUGUGACAAGAGUUGCAGCCGUAUUUGUCUUUGUAUCAUUCUCAUCGCUUCUUGGUAUUGCUGGAGUUCCUGCGCUUAUGAGAGAAGUCAAGAUAUAUGCAAGUGAAGAAUCAAACCAACAUUCGGGAGCAUUGGUCUUCCUACUUGGGCAGCUCCUCUCAAGCAUCCCGUUCCUGUUUCUCAUCUCCAUUUCAUCAAGCCUCGUCUUUUACUUCCUUGUGGGCCUCCGCGACGAAUUUAGUCUGCUGAUGUACUUUGUGCUGAACUUCUUUAUGUGCCUUCUCGUCAAUGAAGGGCUUAUGCUUGUAAUCACUUCCAUCUGCCGCAACCUUUUCUGGAGCAUCCUGUCAUUGGUGUCAAUCCAUGUGGUGAUGAUGCUUUCAGCAGGCUACUUCAGAAUUCGGAAUGCUUUGCCGCGACCGUUGUGGACAUAUCCAGUAUCGUAUAUUGCUUUCCACACUUAUUCGAUCAAGGGGCUUCUUGAAAACGAGUAUCUUGGGACUUCUUACGCAGUUGGGCAGGUGAGGACGAUCUCAGGGUAUCAGGCACUCCAAAACUCAUACGACAUCUCGGCUAAUGCAAAUUCCAAGUGGGAGAACCUCCUAGCACUUUUCCUUAUGGCAGUGGCCUAUCGAGUUCUCUCCUUCUUUCUUUUGCUUUGCUGCGUCGGGAAGAAUCCUUCGCUCCGUAGAUUUUUCCGGUGUAGAAAAGAGACGGGCAACUAAAGGUGAUUCUUCCCUUGUCACAGCUAUGUUCGGCUGUUCAGGAUAUCACAUGUUCUGCUGCAGCUCUGAUUUCUGCUAGUUCAAACAUAUUGUAUAUCAAUGCCUAAACAUUUUCGGGAACUCGAGGUUUUCGUAUUUUCAUGCUUAACAAUGAAAGAUCCUCUACAAGAAAUGGCAGGGAGAGGUUGAGAGCUAUUUUGCGGUUGCAUGACAUGUAUAGGACCAUACGAGGUUGGAGUAAAAUCUCUGAAUAGGGGGGUUUCACAUUGAUAUUUCAUCUUCUGUUUUUUUUGUCGGUAA